GUACAAAAUCUACACGAGGUUUGUUGGGAGACUAAAUGGUCAACUGAUAUGGUUGUACUUCACUAUAUUCAAAUAAAAACUUGCAGGAAAUAACAGAAUACAAUCUGUUGGAAAUCGAACCUGUGCAAAGACUUACAAGAUAGCUUUUUGGGGAAGGUGUUGGUGGUAUCUUGGAAUUUCAAACUGGACAGAUAUUAUGUAACAGAUUCUUUCUUCAUGGAGUAGAAGACAUCUUUGUAAAAUGUGCUUUAAUUAAGUCGAUAAACUAUCUCUGUUUAACAACCUCGAGAAACAGGACCAUGUUGGACUAUUGCUCAAACGACAAUGGGUCGUCUGGUUUUCACCAGAACGCAAGUUCCAAUUCCAUGUCAAUGGCAUCACUUCUAAACAUGAAUGUAAAUAUGGACUCCAACGGGAGACAACCAGCGUUUGUUCUUAGUUCUCCCCCUUUAGCGGCCCUUCAUAACAUGACGGAAAUGAAGGCCCCUGUGACUUCCUCUGCUGCCGCCGCCAAUUUCCUGUCGUCUGCUCAGUAUCAACAGUCCCUGAAGAAUUUCUCAGCCAAUUCUACCCCUCAUGGGAUUCAGGAUAUUCUGAGCCGACCUCAGAUUCACGCUUUGGGACUUUCCCGGUUAAACGCCGCUGGGAUGUACUUAAAUUCACAGUGCAGGUUACCCAAGCUGGCGGAACUUCCGGGCCGACCGCCGAUAUAUUGGCCCGGGCUGCUAAAUGGACCUAGCUGGAGGCCCAACAGUAAUGGAAAUAUUGUCGUGGACAAAGAUGGUAAAAAGAAGCACACACGGCCGACUUUCUCCGGACAACAGAUAUUUGCUCUGGAAAAAACUUUUGAACAGACCAAGUACUUAGCGGGACCCGAGAGAGCGCGAUUGGCGUACGCCCUAGGGAUGUCCGAAAGUCAAGUCAAGGUGUGGUUCCAGAAUAGGCGAACGAAAUGGAGAAAGAAACACGCAGCGGAAAUGGCAUCGGCCAAGAAAAAGCAGGAACAAGCCGAAGACUUAGAUACUUCCGAUAUAGACGAUGAGCAAUCAUCGGACAGUAGUAAAUUGCGUGACCAAAUGUCAGAAUAUCUAGAGCAGGCUGGACUGUAGCAAUGGAACAAAGAGAAUCUCGGCGCAUUCAACUGCAAUAUAAAUAGUGCUAAUACAACAGAGAGGCAACAAGGCAAUGUGCUGCACUCUGCGUACAUAUGACGUCGGUAACCACGCCGUUACGUCAACGUGUGGUAACCUAGUGGUCACUUUUUGGCAAUAUUUUAAGGAAAACGAAGCACAAUUAAUGUGUUGAGGACUGAUCUGAUUUUGUAUGGUAGUGUUUGACUGGUUCACCUUUUAUUAUUCCAGGGUGUAACAUAGUUGUUUCAUUUUAUAUUCAUUAUCAAUCUUUAUUUUACAAAAUUAGUGCUCUUUUUACAGAAAAAAACCUCCAGAAAUGAGGAUGUCUAGUUUGAGUGUUAAACGUUGUCAGACAGUUCAGAGUGUGCAUACACUGGUGCUAGAUGCUAUUAGUUUAUUGUUAGAUUUUUUUCAACGGUGAUAUCAACUGUCACAACUUUAUUUAAAUGACUGUAUCAUGAUUUUGUUCUUCCGGAACGUUUGACCGUAAAUGGCAUUUUGUUACUCUAGAAUACUUUACAGUAUUGACCGAAACAACAUAUCGUUUUUCCCAGAGUAAAUCCAUGGAAUAGAUCCUGUCAUUUUCAAUCAUUAGCAUUUGUUUUUGCUUUUGGGGCAUUAACAAAAGAUCUCCUAUCCAUCCCUCUUGGCUCAUUUUGUCCCCAAAACUUUUGACAUCCGUGCCAUUCCAAGUUUUCGGCGCAAGUCCAUGGAACGCGAGAAAACCGUAUCUGUUCGUAUGACGAAGAAAGCGCCAAAGUCGCUACAAUAUUUCACUGAAUAUUGACACUUGAAAUCCUGCAUUCAUUACCCCACGAUUUAUUAAGAUUUGGCUAUCAAAAAGAUUAGUUGACUCGCGUCAAGUUUGACAGAGGAUCCUACUCUAUGUACCAUUCCAAGUUACUGCCAGAGAGUUGACUCUAUGAAAGCUCCUCUCUUACGACACAUACAUGCACAUUCUCAACAUGAGGUCAACAAUUUAACUGAAAAUGUGAUAGCGGCCGAGAUCCUAAUAUUUAGUCAGGGUUUUUCCCCCUUAGAUUUUUCAAUUUACUACAUUUUGGUAUUGAAUUAACGUUUUAAAUAAUAAUUAUGGGCCCUGUCAUGUAGAGUUUACCUUAAAAAAACCCACUAUGAAUAACAAAUACUAGUAGAAUGUUUCCGUUUCAUCAAAUAACACCAAAAACCCGGCCCAUCAGGUGGGUCUAUUUAUUUAGGCUAUCUCCUAUUACCAAGAUACGCUUAAGACACCAUAGUGGAAUAUUUCAGAGCCAACGGUUCAAUUUCGAUUUACAACCAUUAUAGGCGAUUCAAUUCAAUAGAAUUCGCAUGUAUUUUAGCAUUAAGAAAAUCGUGCAAUAGCUAGUAUUGACAAAAACAUAUAUCCUGCGGAUUAGGGAAACCUCAUGUUUGUGUUGGAAUCUCAGAACUAGGGACUUAAUAAAAUAACUUUAUAUCUUAUCUUUGCCUAUUUCGGUUUCUUUGAAACCCAAUGAAUGUUUAUUUUAGCAUUUACCUGGGGAAAGGUAUAGCCGAUAUUUAAGUUUACAUUUGUCUACCGUAUGGUUAAGUUGCAGUGUUCAGCAAUCAUUUUUCGUGCAUAUAAGACGGGGCUUAUAGGCUAAGACUCCAUGACAAGCAAUUCGUCUUGACUUCUUUGGAUAUUGAUCAAUGGAGAUACCUGUACAUACCCCUUUUUUAAAUCGUAUUUUAUACUUUUUUUUCGAUGACAAAAUUUAUUUCUAUAUCAGGAUUAAUGACGAUAUUAAAGGAAAUAAAGAAUAAAAUGUACUAUU